AUGGCUAAUCCCUUUGACCGAAUAUUGAAAAAUACUCAAAUUGGAGAAGAAAAUUUCCAAUUUUACUCUUUGCCAGAUCUUAAUGAUGGACGAUAUGAUAAACUUCCUUUCUCCAUCAGAGUAUUAUUGGAAUCGGCGGUUAGAAAUUGCGAUAAUUUUCAAGUCAAAGAAAAGGAUGUAGAAAAUAUUUUAAAUUGGCAGGAUAAUCAAAACCAGGAUGUUGAAAUCCCAUUCAAACCUGCUCGAGUUAUCUUGCAAGAUUUCACUGGGGUACCGGCAGUUGUAGAUUUCGCUGCGAUGCGUGAUGCAGUAAAAGCACUGGGUGGAGAUCCAUCUGUUAUUAACCCAGUCUGCCCUGCGGAUCUCGUAAUCGACCAUUCGGUACAGGUUGACGUAUCUAGAAGACAAGAUGCCCUAAAAGAGAAUCAUAAGUUGGAAAUGGAGCGGAACAAAGAAAGAUUUCAAUUUUUGAAGUGGGGUGCGAAAGCGUUCAAAAACUUGACUAUCGUCCCACCUGGAACAGGCAUUGUCCAUCAGGUCAACCUGGAAUACUUAGCUCGCGCAGUCUUUAACACGGAUGGAAUGUUAUAUCCUGAUAGCUUGGUAGGAACAGAUUCUCACACAACAAUGAUUAAUGGUCUUGGCGUUGUUGGAUGGGGUGUCGGUGGCAUUGAAGCUGAGGCUGUUAUGCUCGGUCAAUCAAUCAGUAUGGUAUUACCAAAGGUUAUUGGUUAUAAGCUAACCGGUAAGAUGACAGGAAUGGCCACCUCAACCGAUGCUGUUCUCACAAUUACAAAACAUUUACGGCAAAUUGGUGUCGUUGGAAAAUUCGUAGAAUUCUUCGGUCCUGGUGUCUCCGAACUAUCGAUUGCCGAUCGUGCUACCAUUUCGAACAUGUGUCCUGAAUAUGGAGCUACUAUUGGCUAUUUCCCGGUGGACGGCCAAAGUAUCGUUUACUUAAGACAGACAGGACGCUCUGAGAAGAAAUUGGAAUAUAUUGAAAAAUACCUGAAAGAAAUGAAAAUGUUCAGAAAUUAUAGUAAUCCAGAUGAAGAUCCGAUUUUUAGCCAGGUUAUUGAACUAAAUUUAAGCGACGUUGUUUCUUGCGUUUCUGGUCCUAAAAGACCACACGAUCGCGUUUCUGUGAGCGACAUGAAGGCAGACUUCCAGCAAUGCUUGGAUAACAAAGUCGGCUUCAAGGGUUUCCAUAUUUCAGCUGAAAAGCAAUGCAAGGAGUCUCAAUUUACUUUCAAUAACGAAAAUUUCACCCUCAAACACGGUUCUGUUGUCAUUGCAGCAAUUACUAGCUGUACUAAUACAAGUAAUCCAUCUGUUAUGUUGGGAGCAGGUUUGCUUGCUAAGAAUGCAGUUGAAUGCGGAUUAAACGUAGCACCAUAUAUCAAAACGAGCUUAUCUCCAGGUUCGGGAGUAGUUACUUACUAUUUAAGAGAGAGUGGUGUACUGGAUCCAUUAGCAAAAUUGGGAUUUGAUCUGGUUGGAUAUGGAUGCAUGACUUGUAUAGGCAAUAGCGGCCCUCUAUCUGAUCCUGUUGCAGCUGCCAUAGAACAAGAGGAUUUAGUUGUUUGCGGUGUUUUAUCUGGAAAUCGCAACUUUGAAGGUCGCAUUCAUCCGUUAACUAGAGCAAAUUAUUUAGCCUCACCCCCUCUUGUUGUAGCAUAUGCAUUGGCUGGAACUGUUAAUAUUGAUUUCGAAAAGGAACCGAUUGGCAAAUCUACUGACGGAAAGGACAUAUACUUGCGAGAUAUUUGGCCUACCAGAGAACAAGUGCAGGAAGUAGAGAGAAAACAUGUCUUGCCAGCAAUGUUCAGCGAAGUAUACGACCGACUUCAACAAGGAAGUCCAGCAUGGAACGCUUUAGAUACUCCUGACUCGAUGCUAUAUCCUUGGGAUGAAAAAUCAACCUAUAUCAAAUCCCCGCCUUUCUUCUUAAGAAUGGCAAAGGAAGUACCAUCUAUGGAAAGCAUUCAAAAUGCUGCCGUCUUGCUAAAUUUAGGAGAUUCUGUCACGACUGAUCAUAUAUCUCCAGCGGGUAGUAUAGCCAGAAAUAGUCCUGCAGCGCGUUAUCUAGCUGGGAGAGGAUUGAUUCCGCGUGAAUUCAAUUCAUAUGGAUCCCGCCGUGGUAAUGAUGCGGUUAUGGCUCGCGGGACUUUCGCCAAUAUUCGCUUAGUAAAUAAAUUUAUCGGAAAGGCUGCACCUAAAACAGUUUACAUUUCAUCCGGUGAAACGAUGGACGUAUUUGAUGCUUCGGAACGAUACCUCAUGGAAGGGCGUCAUUUAAUUGUUUUGGCUGGAAAAGAUUAUGGAUCAGGCUCAUCUAGAGAUUGGGCAGCCAAAGGCCCCUGGAUUCUGGGAAUCAAAGCAGUUAUUUGUGAAUCUUUUGAAAGAAUUCAUAGGAGCAAUUUAAUUGGUAUGGGUAUUGUACCACUCCAAUAUAUUGAUGGCCAAUCAACUGAAUCUCUCGGUUUAACUGGUAAAGAAAGUUAUACUAUAACGAUUCCAUCAGAUUUGAAGCCAGGCGACUUAGUAGAUGUCACGCUGGAUAAUGGCCGCUCCUUUACAGUUAAGGCACGCUUUGAUACUGAUGUUGAACUUACGUACUUUAAACACGGCGGUAUUUUGCAAUACAUGAUCCGUAAGAUGAUCGUCGGGCAGUAG